AUGUCUUGGUGCAGGAAUCGCUUCGUCGCGCUCGCUUGGCGGAAGUGUGAGCACACUGUCUCUCGUGGCCCAUGUCCGCGCUACGCAUCCCACAAUGCGCCUACGUCUGAUCUGCCCAAGCCACGGUUGGACUACCGCGCCAUAACAGAGGCUGCCACAUACAAGUCACAUAAUGCGUUUAAUAGGAAGGCCCCGGUCCCUGUCGGCGCCAUCAAAUCUAUCACGCGACACUACGAGGAGCGGAAAGCCAUCUCGGGGGAGCUUGACUUCAAGCGUCAUGCGCGCAACUCCAUAGGACAACGCAUCCGCAAUACCAAGACCCCUGAGGAGAAGAAAUCCGUGACCGAGGAAGCGAAGGCGCUCAAGGCGGACAUCCAUUUGCUAGAAAUGAGGCUUAGUGAGCUUGAUGACAAGCUCCUUGAGCUUGCACUAGUCGUACCCAACGACACCCAUCCUUCGACGCCACUCGGUCCUGAGGAAGCUGCUGUCGUGUUGUCCACCCAUGGGCCAGAGCCACUCCCCUGCAAUCCCAAGCGAGAUCAUGUGUCUGUCGGGCAGGCUCUUGGACUGUUUGGCUUCGAAGCUGGCGCGCUAGUCACAGGCUCUUCAUGGUACUACCUACAAGCCGAGGCUGCACUUCUGGAGAUGGCUCUGACGAAUUAUGCUAUGUCGAUAGCGGUAAAGCACGGCUACCAGCCCGUCAUGACUCCGGACGUCAUUCGAGCCGACAUCGCCACCCGCUGUGGCUUCCAGCCCCGAGACGAACGAGACGUGCUAGAUUCACAGAUGUACCAUAUUGCUCAGAAUAGCUCAUCGUCGCACCCAGAUCUUGUCCUGUCUGGUACCGCCGAGAUUCCGCUAGCAGGGCUGCAUGCCAAUCGAGUUCUUGAGGAAUCCUCGCUGCCUCUCAGGAUGGUUGGCCUUGGGCGUUCUUUCCGAGCAGAAGCGGGCGCUCGCGGCGCUGAUACCCGCGGCCUCUACCGCGUCCACCAAUUCUCUAAGCUGGAACUCUUCGUCCUAUCCACGGAAAAUGCCAGCGAAGCUGCGAUGGAAGACAUACGUCGGGUGCAAGUGGAGAUCUUCGAAGGAUUGGGGAUUCCAUUCAGAGUACUCGAUAUGCCAACGGAAGAACUUGGGGCUAGCGCCUUCCGCAAGUACGACAUGGAAGCUUGGAUGCCCGGCCGCGGAUCGUGGGGCGAGAUAUCGUCCACAUCCAAUUGCACAGACUACCAAGCCCGCCGCUUGCACAUCCGGUAUCGGCGUUCCACGUCCUUGGAGGAUGCAGCACAACCUUCGGUAGCCUCGUUGCCAUUUGUACACACGCUCAACGGCACCGCUGCAGCGAUCCCUCGACUCAUAGUAGCUUUGGUAGAGAACGGUGCAAUAUUCAACGGGGAGGGCAAAGCGGUUGGUCUCAAUCUUCCACAUGCCCUCAAACCGUACUGGAUGGGAUCGGGUACCGUCACUAACCGAGUUCGCUGGGUGUAAAUCAUUUCUAUUCACUUUCAUAGUCAAUGGCAUUC